ACGAAUCUGGUCGGUGAGCUGCGGACCGCUCACCACCAGAUGUCGCUCUCCCUCUGUUUACACACUCUGACUGUUGCACUACACCCCGGACUCCAUUCCCCAUCAGCCAUUGCACUACACCCCCGUCCAAUCAGAGACAGUAUAAAAGCCCCGAUCUUUCUGUCACUCACCGCCGAGUAUUGUACUGUGUUUAUCUGGUCAUACGAAGCGUUUCUCUGUGUUCAUCCCGUGUCGUGUCUUUCUGUUAUUCUGGCUCCUCGUCUGGUUUGUCUCGACCCCCCGCCUGUUUAUCGACUACUCUCUGCCUAGCCCUUAUACACCUGUCUGCUCCUGUCUGACCACGCCUGCCUUGACCAUGUCUCUGUCCAAAUCCUUCAAUAAAAGCGUGCAAAUGGAUCCGCUUGUCUCUCGUCUCACUCCCAACGUUACAGAAUACACCGUCAUACAAGGAUCCAGCAACUUUUUUCACGGACAUCAUCCAGGUAUGGACUAUACUUAUUUGACUGUGGGCUCGUCUUUCACGGUGGGUGUCGCUAAUGAGGAACGCGAUACCCCAGUGAUGCCGGUCGCGCAACCCGCUCGCGGAGUGGCGGGCGCGUCGGAGCGCGCUCAUAUAAUGGCGGCUAAUGUGGAGCCGGCUCGCAAAAUGGCGGCCGCGCCGGAGCGCGACGCCACGAACACGCCGGCCGCCUGGCCUGCUCACGACACGGCGGCCCUGCUGGAGCACGCUCAAGCAGGGGUGGCCGCGUUGGAUCGGCUUCUCGAAAUGGUGGCGAACAUGGGGCUCAUUCGCAAAAUGGCGGCGAGAACGGAGCUCCGUCAUGUCACAGCUGCUAUACCUGAGCCAUAUGAAGUUGCAGCUGCGUUUCCUGAUUCAAGUCAAGUUUCCAAGUCAAGUCAAGCUACAGCUGCUGUUCCUGUGUCAAACCAAGCUGGAGCUGUGUUUCCUGUGUCAAGUCAAGUCAGAGCUGCUCUUCCUAAGGCAAGUCAAGUUAGAACUGUUGUUCCUGUGUCAAGUCAGGUUAAAGCUGUGUUUCCUGUCUCAAGUCAGGUUACAGAGCCACCGCACAAGAUGGCUGCCACGCCAGAGCCACCGCACAAGAUGGCUGCCACGCCAGAGCCACCGCACAAGAUGGCCGCCACGCCAGAGCCACCGCACAAGAUGGCCGCCACGCCAGAGCCACCGCACAAGAUGGCCGCCUCGCCAGAGCCACCGCACAAGAUGGCCGCCACGUCAGAGCCGGCUAAAGCCCCGUCAGCCAAGCCACAGCCUGCUCAGGCCAUCUCAGUCAAGCCACAGCCUGGUCACGUCAUGUUUUCUGCUCCUGAGUCGGCACCCAUCAUGGCCGGUCUUCCCGAAGCGGUUUCAGAGUCAAGUCACGUCCCGUCUGGUCCCAAGUCUGCUCCAGAGCUCCCGUCAGUUGGAGAAGCCGCGCCAAUGCCUCCUGAGGUGUCAGCCGUGGCUGUGGAUCCUCCCUUGGAGGUGGCGCCCCCCUACAAACUCUCUGCUUCUUCCCUCAUUCUGUCUGCCUCCUCUGUCACUGUUCUCCCCAGGUCCCAGUCUAUUAUGCGGGUUCCUGCUCAGCCCUGGUGGGCUCUGGCGCCUCCUGUUCCGCCCUGGUGGGCCCUGGCGCCUCCUGUUCCGCCCUGGAGGGCCUCGGCGCCUCCUGUUCCGCCCUGGAGGGCCUCGGCGCCUCCUGCUCUGCCUCCGGUUCCGUCCUGGAAGGUCCCGGUGUCUCCUGCUCUGCCUCCGGCUCCGCCCUGGAGGGCUCCUGCGCCUCCUGCUCUGCCUCCGGCUCCGCCCUGGAGGGCUCCUGCGCCUCCUGCUCUGCCCUGGAGGGCUCCGGUGCCUCCUGUUCCGCCUCCGGCGGCGCCCUGGAGGGCCCCUGUGCCUCCUGCACCGCCUCCGGCUCCACCCUGGUGGGCUCCUGCUCUGUCGGUCCUGCCCCAGUCACCUGGUCCUCUGCACGGACCUGGCCCUCCAGCCCUUGCCCUGUCUCACCCCCGCCCCACCGCUCCGCUGGAAUAUGGUUCGUUUGUAGCGUCUGGAAGCCGCUCUUUGGGAGGGGGCUAUGUUACGAAUCUGGUCGGUGAGCUGCGGACCGCUCACCACCAGAUGUCGCUCUCCCUCUGUUUACACACUCUGACUGUUGCACUACACCCCGGACUCCAUUCCCCAUCAGCCAUUGCACUACACCCCCGUCCAAUCAGAGACAGUAUAAAAGCCCCGAUCUUUCUGUCACUCACCGCCGAGUAUUGUACUGUGUUUAUCUGGUCAUACGAAGCGUUUCUCUGUGUUCAUCCCGUGUCGUGUCUUUCUGUUAUUCUGGCUCCUCGUCUGGUUUGUCUCGACCCCCCGCCUGUUUAUCGACUACUCUCUGCCUAGCCCUUAUACACCUGUCUGCUCCUGUCUGACCACGCCUGCCUUGACCAUGUCUCUGUCCAAAUCCUUCAAUAAAAGCGUGCAAAUGGA